CUCACUAGCUAACAUGCUUUUCCUUAGAGGAUUUGUUAAUUUUGAAGCCUGAGAGGUAAAUAAAAAGCGUACCAACUCAAUUUCCGGGGGACCGAGAUUGCGACGGACAACCAGGAAGCGGCCGGGCUGGGAGCUGUCCCGGGUUCUCCGCUCUGCUCUCGAGGGCGGUUCCCAGGGUUCCUACACCGUGUUCCCCUACUCUGUUUGACCCCUGCCCGGACCUAGGCUCCGGCCCGGGCCUGACACUCCGGAGCCGUCAUGUCGUCCGAUUUCGAAGGCUACGAGCAGGACUUCGCGGUGCUCACUGCAGAGAUCACGAGCAAGAUUGCCAGGGUCCCUCGACUCCCACCGGAUGAGAAGAAACAGAUGGUUGCAAAUGUGGAGAAACAGCUUGAAGAAGCAAGAGAACUGCUUGAACAGAUGGAUUUGGAAGUCCGAGAGAUACCACCCCAAAGUCGAGGGAUGUACAGCAACAGAAUGAGAAGCUACAAGCAAGAAAUGGGAAAACUUGAAACAGAUUUUAAAAGGUCACGGAUCGCCUACAGUGACGAAGUACGCAAUGAGCUCCUAGGGGAUGAUGGGAAUUCCUCAGAGAACCAGUUGAUAAAAUUACGUGAAGAGAGGGCACAUCUGCUCGAUAACACAGAGAGGCUGGAAAGGUCAUCUCGGAGACUAGAGGCUGGAUACCAAAUAGCAGUGGAAACCGAGCAAAUUGGCCAGGAGAUGUUGGAAAACCUCAGCCAUGACAGAGAAAAGAUAAAGAGAGCACGUGAAAGACUGCGGGAAACAGAUGCCAACUUGGGGAAAAGCUCCAGGGUUCUGACAGGGAUGUUGCGAAGAAUCAUCCAGAACCGCAUCCUGGUCGUCAUCCUGGCCAUCACCCUGGUUGUCACCAUCCUGAUGGCGAUCAUUUUUUCUGUCAGAAAACACUGAUGUAUCUGCUCUCCCUUGAUAAACAGCAACAGCGGCUUGUUCUGAGUAAUUAAGACAAAACGGCCACAUGAAUCAUCCUUUUGCGCUGACAGGCCCUGAAUGACCCUCUUUCUCUCUCACCACUGUACAGCUGAAGUGCAAAGAGUGUAAAAAAUAUUUUUUAUUCUUGUUUGCAUGUGGGUUGGUUUCCUUUUCUAGGUUUGUCUUCACCCAGGUUUGUUUUUAUGGGGGAAGGUGAGUGUUUACUUGCCUUUUGGUCAUUUCAUCUACUGACCAAAAUAGCCUUGGUGACGUUCUUCCUUGCCCUGUGCACAUGUCAGGGGUCAUGAUUUGGGAGAGGACAUAAUGAGUCUGUCACGGGAGCUUCUGAUGGGCUGUGCUGUUUGUCACACACUUCUUGUCACCCAAUUGCCCUUCUGUGAUGUCCAAGGAUAAAAAUGCAGAGAAAAGCAGGGGUCGGAGCCAGCAACUGGAUUCAGCAAACCAGCCCUGUUCCUACCCCAGCAUAAUGAAUAUAGUCAACCUGCCUGAAUGCUUUCAUUGUAAAGGUGGGUAUUUAAUGUCAGUUGUGCAGGAAAUUGACUUAGCACUUUCUCUGUUUUUCUACGCAUAUUUUUUUUACACCCAAGACUAUUUUUGCUGAGCCUGCCCAAUAUCCACUUUUCACAACUUUGAUUACUGGCUUCAAGAAAUAGUUCCAUACCUUCCCAAAAUCCCAUACUCCCCAGAACUUGCUGGCAAAGUGAGUCCUGGCACUGUAUUUAAUUGUGACCUCCUCUCCCCUGACCUAUGUAAGCAUUCCUGUAUCCUUUCGGUUUUAAUAUUUGCACUGCCAAAAGCAGCCCUCAUACAUGCAAAAGGUCUGACAAGGUUCUCUCCACAUCCAUUUCAGUAUGUAAAGAGAACAUGAAUAUUUCAGGAAGAGCAAGAACAUGACUCCAUCAGUGUGAAAUUUCAAAUGUGAUUAUAAAUAUGGUAGAGUCCUAUAGGAUGAUCCACUGGAAAUAAACUUUAUGGAAAAAAAAGGUGCACUGACCUCCUUUAAAAGAAAGGGGUUGCAGCGUGUUGCAAAAAGACAGCUUAGGUUUUUUACUAACAAAUGUCAGCCUAGCCUUCUGAAAGUCACUAUGUAUUCAAAUCUCUAACGUGCUUUGUGAUUUUCUUCGCUUUCUUUUUGUCCAAGGUAAUUGGGAAUUGCGUUCAAAAUGAGUUCAUUUGUGGUAAGGCUUCAGUUGCCCAAGCUGAAGUCACUCUCCUUCUAGUCAUGAAGCAAAAUGUGUUUUUCUUUAAGACUUCAUAAGCACUUACAGGGUCCAUACUAUCUUUUGAAUAUAAUUGGACACUUUGAAUCCUUGAAAACCGAACCUGUUCUCUUCAUAAAAAAUGCUAACCACCUGUGCCCAUGGAUGGAGAUCACCUAGAUGCAGCAAUUAAUUUUUUUCCCUUCCAACUCAGAAGAGAAACAUUAUGGCUUAGGGAGGAAAUGCAGAAUGGCAAAAUGCACCAGAGAAAUAGUACUUAUUGAAGCAGGCCAGGACCUGCAUGCGUUCAGACAAAUCAUUUAGUAUUGUGUAAAUAGAGCCUCAGCCUUUACUUUGCAGGGAUGGUGUGAGAUUUUGACAGAGUGAAAUAAGACAGCCAAGUAGUGGGAAGGCUGUACUGAUUUUCCUAUCAGCUUAAGAGAUCCACUCAGCAAGAAUCUUUUAUUCUGAUAGUGGAAUUUGGUAUGUGCUAAACACAUCAAAGAAACUAUUUAAAAGCAAGAAAACCAACCCACUUCCUUCUCGUUCUGAAACACUAAUGGUGGGUAAGUAGUAUCCCAGCCUCUCUGGUGGCUUCCUUCGAAACCCUUGAUCUUACCUCAAGUGCGUAACCAGUCCUCUGGCUAUACCUCAUGUUUCCAGACUCUUCCCAAGGCCAUGUUGAUCUGAUCAUCUCAACUCUCCAGCUCCUUAGUAUUUCACUAAAGCCUUGUUUUUGUGUUGAAGUAGAUGAAGGGAGAAGAGGUGUGCUGCUCACCUCUUAAUGGCCUUUUCUUUGGGGUUCUAUCUCUUUAUCAGCUCUUGCCUGAGAUUUUGCCCCAAUUCAACAUUGAGAGUGGAAAGAAUAUGAACAGAUAACCCUUGGUCUAAUGGCCCCACCAAACCCCCCUUGAGAGCGAUCCCCUAACCUGACAUAGUGUGUGCCUUGUAGGAAGGAAGCUGGUCCAAAGGUCCCCUGAACUCAUUGCCUGGCCUUCCUGGGUGCUGUAGGAGCAGUUCAAAGGAGCCCUCAGACAGGUUGUUCCUACUUCCAUGCUCUUCCACGCUUCACUGGAGAAGGAAGAAAGCCCACAAAUUCGAAGCAGGUGAAAGGUUCUAGGAACUUAAUAUAUAGACUUCACUUGAUGAGUAUGUCUAAAGUUAGGAAUAUUGCUUAAAAUGAUGUUCAAUGCGGGGUUGGGGGGGUAAUGAUGAAGAUGCAGAGGAGGAAGAGGAGGAGGAA